CCAUUUUAUUUGUAUCGCCAUUUCGUUUAUUCAGUGAGAUGGAGAAUUGAGAUUUUAAAAGUGAGAUAGAAAUAACAUAAUGAAAGCAAUGUUUUCAGCCUAAUAAGUUGAUGUUUGAUAGUAAUAAUAAUUGUGGUUUGUAGAUAAGUUGAUCGGAAGUGUUUUAUUAAAAGCAUGAAUUGAAACCGCUCUGUGAUGUUAUAAAACUUCAAAAUGUUCACUACAAACGCGGUUCAAGCCGGUUCGGUGCCGACCCUUCAAUACCAAGAGCACCCUCAGAAGUCCCAAGGGAAAAACAUCGAAAAUGCACAACAGAAGACUCAACAAUCUCAACCACAGCAGGAGUUCCCAACAUUUUGUUAUACAACAAAUGUGAAUAUGAUUGGGAAAAUAGGAACAGGGACGACUGGAGGUACUGGUGGAGUUAACAUAGCCCAAUUAACCACGAGCGAUGACAAAACAUGUUAUAUAGCACAGCCUUUCUCAUACAACUAUGCUUUGGUCAACCAAAUGCAAUUAGCGCCAAAUGGAAUUCAGAACACUAUAUCAAAUAUUAGUUUUAAAUGUGAUGUAUGUGGCUUAAUGUUUGGCCACCUCACUCUAUUAAAUGCUCACAAAAGGAUACAUACUCAGGACGCCGAUAACAACAUAACAGUUGUGGCCACAGGAGUAGGUUCAUCCAAUGAAGUGACCAUGCCGCCACAUAUCCAAAUUCUCGCCACAGACCCCAAUGAACAACAGCAACACCAUGUGCAGAUUCAAGACACUAAGCCAGUAAUUAUUGACAAGUCACAGUCAAAAUGCAUCACAUGUGGUGGACCGUUAGCCAAUAAUCCAAAAAGAAAAGGACCAAAACUUAUAAGAUGUGAAAACUGCAUAGCACAGGAUACUGUAGAUCAGAGAGUGAAUUCAACACAAAUAUUUGUGUCGGGAGAGAAUAAUGUAAAGUUUGAAGUAGGCGGGGUGAGUGGUGUGCAAACCCAGAAUGACCCACUUACCUCUGCACCACCCGCCCAACAGCCUCAGCAACAGAAAACAAUACAAGCGGGUCAUCAUCCUGUGAAAAAAAGAAACUUAGCGUCCGUUACAAAGUGUCAAAACUGUAACGGAUCGGGCAUAGUUUUCAUAGGCGGAAAUAAAAACAAGAAUAGCACUUCAAAUUCUGAGAAACCUUUCCACUGUAACAUAUGCGGGGGAUCGUUUUCGCGCUACUCGUCCUUGUGGUCCCAUAAGAAACUACACUCUGGUGAAAAGAACUUUAAGUGUGGUGUGUGUGGUAUCGCGUUUGCGAAGGCUGUUUACCUGAAAAAUCAUUCGCGGAUACACACUGGAGAAAAGCCUUACAGAUGUCAAACUUGCGGUAUGCAGUUCUCUCAGUCGCCACAUCUGAAGAAUCACGAACGGACACACUCUGGCGAGAAACCUUAUGUCUGUGAGGUGUGUGACAAAGGCUUCGCGAGACACGCAACUCUAUGGAAUCAUCGCCGGAUCCAUACGGGCGAGAAACCUUACAAAUGUGAGACAUGCGGUUCAGCGUUCAGUCAGGCCGCACAUCUGAAGAACCACGCCAAAGUGCAUUCCGGUGAGAAGCCGUUUAAAUGCGACAUCUGCACUGCUGCUUUCGCAGACAGAUUCGCACUCAAGCGGCAUAGAGGCAUACACGAUAAGUAUGGUCAAACUACACCCAUGAUGGUUGCAUCAAGAAUACAACUACCAGAACCAGAUGAACUCGAGCAACAGCAGAAUAGUGACCAACAAAAUUCUCAGUCAGAAGUUGAACUCAGAAGUCAGACUGCGCUAUGAGUUUAAUAUUAAUAACUCUUACUUUAACUUGGGCUUGGUCAGAAGAAGCGAUUUAGCUGAUGACUAAAUUGUAAAAUCAAUUCAAUUAUUUCAAGAAGGCGUAAUAAUGUCACUUUUGUAACUGAACUGUUUGUAGUGGCUACCACCAGUCUUAUAAGCAGAUUCUACAGGGAAGUAGCUGGCAAAAAACUUUAAUUUUGCGAGAUAUUUAAGUGUCCCGCUAUAUAACUUCCAGUUACCUUGUCAUUAACAAAAUCACCAAGUAUACACUAACCUUUACCUGUAAUAAAUGAGUUUUAACAUUGUUUAUACUUUUAGGCAUUGAUAGGUCCAAAAUUACGCUAGGUAUCAUGUUAUAGAAACAUACUCUUGACUCCACAAAGGACUUCUAAACCAUUACACGAUAUGGAGAUGCCACCAAAAACUAUAUUAUUUUAGAUUUCUUGUGAAACUAUUCACUAGUUUCAUAUUUAAUUGAAUUUAUCUUGUAGAGGUUUGCAUGAUCUAAGUUUAACAACUGAUUCAUCUGAAUUCGGAAAUCGCAUCUUCUGUUCACGCUCUUAUUAUUUAUUUAUACCCCACCCUGUGUAAAGUUUAAAAGUCACAUAAUUUAUCAGCUAACUGUAAAUAUUGUAUAAUUUAUACAUCUAGGUGUAAUUAGUGAACGGGCAUCUUAAUCAAGUUAAUUAAUUACCCAUAUAUUAUUAUUAUUUGAAAUAACUGCAAUAUUCUUUGAAGUUCCAUACUAAUGUCUACAGUAUUAGAUAUUUAAUCCUUUUUUUAUUACAACUACAAAACUAAAUAAAUAUGUAAUCAGUAUCUAUUCUUCAUUGGUACUGUUAGAAAAAAAAAAACUUAUUAUCUCUGCUCUGACAUAGACUCAGAAUAAUUUAAGUAUGUAAAUUUAAGAUCAAAAUCACAUAUUGAUUGAAAAACAAUUGAUGACACUGCCAUUAAUAUAUAAUAGGUAUGAGAAAUGUAUACAAUGAAUUGAGCGAUUUAUUUUUGUAUCUUUAGUAUGUAGAAUGAUUGUUAUAUUUUUAACAGCUUGUAUGUAGCAGUUCACUACUUGAGCACAUGUAAUAUAAUAAUAAUAGGAUUUAUUAUUGGCUGUGGAUUUAGCAAAAUAUACUUAUGCUCAUACAGAAUGAUCGUAUGAAAUUUGAAAACCGCAUUCUAACAUUUUACAUACAUGUAAAUAAUAAGGCUUAAUUGGGUAGAAUAGAAUUUAAGUAUUUUAGAUGACUCAGAUGAGUUACUGAUAUUUGUAGAGGAUGAGAUGAACUUAACUAAUUACUGAGAAAUAGUUUGUAAUGUAGUUAAAUUACUUUUAUAAGUUUAAAUAAUUCCUAAGUACAUCUCAUCCAAAGAGCAAAGCUGGUGCAUCAAAAUGAUGCUUUGUGUUAAGGUAGAAAUAAUUUUUUAAAUCAUAAUGGUAAUGAUCCAUAAAUAUAGUAAAAGAAAAUUGAAAGAAGCA